GCCCUCCGGGAAGACCUCCGCGAGCAACCCCCUGCCUUGGAGUCUGCAAUCCUUCCUCGAGCACACGGACGCCCGGGGUGGGGAAGCCCACAGUCUGGCAAGGCUCGGACUGGGCAGAAUAAUUGCAACGUAGUCAUGAGGAUCGGGCUAUGACCUGCCUGACUUUUCCCUCCUCCCAUGAUACACGGAUGCAUACCGCAGGUGCACACUAAACGCCGAAUCUAUAGAAAGUGGAACACACCAGGACCCAGCAGAAGGCGACAUGCGAGCACCCAAGAAAACCUCAUUUGGCUCGCUGAAGGAUGAAGACCGGAUUUUCACCAACCUAUACGGCCGCCAUGACUGGAGGCUGAAAGGUGCCCUGAGUCGAGGUGACUGGUACAAGACAAAGGAGAUCCUGCUGAAGGGGCCCGACUGGAUCCUGGGCGAGAUCAAGACAUCGGGUUUGCGGGGCCGUGGAGGCGCUGGCUUCCCCACUGGCCUCAAGUGGAGCUUCAUGAAUAAGCCCUCAGAUGGCAGGCCCAAGUAUCUGGUGGUGAACGCAGAUGAGGGGGAGCCGGGCACCUGCAAAGACCGGGAGAUCAUACGCCAUGAUCCUCACAAGCUGGUGGAAGGCUGCCUGGUGGGGGGCCGGGCCAUGGGCGCCCGCGCCGCCUAUAUCUACAUCCGAGGGGAAUUCUACAAUGAGGCCUCCAAUCUGCAGGUGGCCAUCCGAGAGGCCUAUGAGGCAGGUCUGAUUGGCAAGAAUGCCUGUGGCUCUGGCUAUGAUUUUGACGUGUUUGUGGUGCGCGGGGCUGGGGCCUACAUCUGUGGAGAGGAGACAGCGCUCAUCGAGUCCAUCGAGGGCAAGCAGGGCAAGCCCCGCCUGAAGCCCCCCUUCCCCGCAGACGUGGGAGUGUUUGGCUGCCCUACAACUGUGGCCAACGUGGAGACAGUGGCAGUGUCCCCCACAAUCUGCCGCCGUGGGGGUACCUGGUUUGCUGGCUUUGGCAGAGAACGCAACUCAGGCACCAAACUAUUUAACAUCUCUGGCCAUGUCAACCACCCUUGCACUGUGGAGGAGGAGAUGUCUGUGCCCUUGAAAGAACUGAUUGAGAAGCAUGCUGGGGGUGUCACGGGCGGCUGGGACAACCUCCUUGCUGUGAUCCCUGGCGGCUCGUCUACCCCACUGAUCCCCAAGUCUGUGUGUGAGACGGUGCUGAUGGACUUCGACGCGCUGGUGCAGGCACAGACAGGCCUGGGCACAGCUGCGGUGAUCGUCAUGGACCGCUCGACGGACAUCGUGAAAGCCAUCGCCCGCCUCAUUGAAUUCUAUAAGCACGAGAGCUGUGGCCAGUGUACCCCAUGCCGUGAGGGUGUGGACUGGAUGAACAAGGUGAUGGCACGUUUCGUGAGGGGGGACGCCCGGCCGGCCGAGAUCGACUCCCUGUGGGAGAUCAGCAAGCAGAUAGAAGGCCAUACAAUUUGUGCUCUGGGUGAUGGGGCCGCCUGGCCUGUGCAGGGUCUGAUCCGCCACUUUCGGCCGGAGCUCGAGGAGCGGAUGCAGCAGUUUGCCCAGCAGCAUCAGGCCCGGCAGGCUGCCUCUUAGCCCACCACCCUGGCCUGCUGUCCUACGUCUAUCCUUCUGGAAUGCUGGACAAUAAAGCGAGUGCUGCCCACCCUCCCGCUGCA